AUGAGUGAGACGUCCCUCGAAGAGAAGCUGGAAAAAAUCAAGAAGCCGAACCUCGAGAACCAAAAACACACCGCCGUCGUCCUCACCAGCAUCGAGGACACUCUCAGCGAGGCCAACGAGAAGUUUACGGCAACCGCCUAUUUCGCUGCUUUGCUUGCUCUACUGAAGCAGAUCACUAGCGACAGCAAUGUGGGCGAACCCGGCGAGAUCGUGACCUCUACUGUCUAUCUCCUCGAUAUCAUUACCUCUCACGUACCUCAUGCGCUCCUUCGCACACAGUUUGCGCCUAUUAUUACGCUUCUUGCACCCAGCUUGGAUACAGCGAGCACCAAUACACCACUCUUGAAGUCGGCAAUUGGCUGCCUCGAGUCCAUACUAAUAGCACAGGAUGGACCUGCUUGGAACCUGCCUGCGACACAGAUCGGCCCUAGACAGGCACUGAACGCUUUGCUUCCUCUAGCAAUUGACCAGAGGCCGAAGAUUCGAAAAAGAGCCCAAGAAGCUAUAAAGCUCAUCCUACAAAAUCCACCUCCUGGUCCCUCGAUCGAUCAUCCAGCCGCCGAGGUUUGCGCCAUCGCUGCCCAAAACAAUCUGAAAAGUGCAGUUCAGCUGGUACACCAGAACAGAAAACAGAAGAACAAGAGUGAUGGCGACAAUGAUCCAUCCGUGAUUCAUGCUCUUCAGCUGAUCAAGACCAUCGCACUUGCCUCAGGAGGAUGGCCAAGCAAAAAAAUCGAGACUCUAUGCGAGAUCCUACUGUCUAUCUCAAGAUCGCGCAAUGACUUCCUGGUCAUGAGCGCUUUUGAAGUCUUCGAGGUCAUCUUCGAUGGAAUGCAAGACGAGGUCUCUUCCGCUAAGUUGCCACGUCUAUUGGAGGCCAUCACCGAGCUUAAGCCUGCACAGAAUGAUGCUCAACUACUGCCUCCCUGGAUCGCCAUCCUGUCAAGAGGUUAUGGUUCAUAUGCGGCUGUUGAGCCAGAAGACGUCUUUGCCAAAUUGCCAGACCUGAUGAACCUCGUCGCAGACUUCCUACCAAAUCCCUCGCACAACAUCCGUGUUUCAGCUUCUGAAUGUUUGAUAUCUUUCUUCGCCAAUUGUAUACCGAACGCCGUCAUCCUUGAACCUUCCAUCUACGACGAGAAGGUGCUGCAACAGAUCGCCAACAAGGCACUUGAGUUACUGUCGGUGAAAUAUCAGACUGCUUGGAUGGAGGUCUUCAGUGUCUUAUCUGCACUCUUUGAUGCUCUUCGAUGGCGUGGCGAUCCCUAUUUACUACCAAUUGCGCGGUCUAUCGGCGAACUCAGAGGUGAUGAAGGGUUCCAGGGUCAGAAAAAGGCAGACGAAGUGCUCGGACAUGCCAUUCAUGGUCUUGGUCCACAGGCUGUGCUGAGUGUUCUACCUUUGAACCUAGUCAAACCCAAGGCCGGCCAGCCUGGUCGAGCUUGGCUCCUUCCUUUGCUCAGAGACAACGUUACUAACACGACGCUCACUCACUUCAAGUCUGAGCUGGUACCUCUCUCGGAGACCAUGUAUCAGAGAGUUAUGGACCACGGCUCUGCUGAGAAGACAAUGGACAUUAAGCUUGCAGUGGAUCAGAAGUUUGCCGAAUUACUGUCCAAUCUACUCUAUCAACAAGCAGAGCUGAGAGUUGAUGUGUGUCGAGCACUGCAGAAUCUCGUCGAAUCCAAUCAAGCAAUCCUCGAAUCUGAUGCUGAUUCUGAUGAACUUCAAGCCGAGCAUAGAACCACGAAAGAGGACGCACAGAAAAACAUAAGUCAUCUUUCGAGCUUCGCAAGCAACAUGCUGGCAGUUCUGUUUAACGUCUACAGCCAAACUCUACCUCAAUCGCGAGCCUAUAUCUUGCGAUGCGUCAAUGCAUACUUGAGCAUCACACCCGAGAAGGACCUGAUCGACACUUUUGAGCGCGUUGCCAAAAUUCUCGAGUCUGAACUUCCAGCGCCUGACGCGCCACCACCCAAGAAGCAACCGGAUCAGCAAAAUCGCAACAAAAUGCCGCCAACUUCACAUACACUACUCGACCUCGUUGUAGCACUCUCUGUCCAUCUACCUCGCACUACCUUCGCCGCCUUGUUUGCGCUCGCCUCGUCCAUAGUCACAAAUCCAGCUAUACUAGCAUCAGAUCCUCAACUCAUCAAGAAGUCCUACAAGCUUAUUCCAAGACUAGCCACGUCCGAAGUUGGACGUCAAGCUCUCGCGGAACGCACAGCAGACCUACAGAAGUUGAUCGUUGCAACCUCAGAAAAGACUCCAGUUCCUGCUCGGCGGGACAGGACUCUGGCCAUCAACACAGUCAUCACAUACCUUACCGAAGAAGAUUUACACUUUAUACCUACAGUAUUGGGUGAAAUAGUGCUUGCCUGUAAAGACAGCAACGAGAAGGCCCGUACUGCAGGAUUCGGAUGCCUAUUCACAGCUGCUAAGCGUAUAGCAGACGCUUCGCCAGAUACCAAAAUUCGCAAUUCCCUCGUACCGCACAUACCGGAUGACGCACCUGAUGCCACUGCAUCGGUCGAAGAGCUCUUCACCAUGGUAUCAGCCGGUCUCGCGGGUGUAGCACCACACAUGGUUGCUGCCACCAUCACAGCGCUUGGUGCCUUACUGUACGAGUAUCACGAAGACGAGAGACUCAGCGGCAGUAUGAAAGAGGAGCUCGUCGACACCGUAACAAUGUUCAUACAAUCCAAUAAUCGUGAGAUCGUCCGGGCUGUGCUUGGCUUCGUCAAAGUCAUCGUUGUCAUCCUACCGCUCGAGGCACUGGAACCACGGAUGGCAGCUUUAGUGCCAGAACUGCUAGUCUGGAGCAAGGAGAACAAAGGACGCCUGAAAGCGAAAGUCAAGAACAUCCUUGACCGUCUAGUCCGACGCUUCGGCGGUGCACAAGUCGAAGAGUGGGCAGGUCCAGAUGCAAAGAAUUUGAUCAGGAACAUCCGUAAAGCUCGCGAAAGAGCGAGGAGGAAGAAGCAAGAUACAGGUGAAGCCGACGACGAAGAUGACGAAGAACAAGCCCCAGGCAGAAACACUUAUGACAACGAAUAUGAUGAAGCUGUUUAUGGCUCGGACGACGAUGACUCGGAGGUUCUCGGUAGUGACGAAGACGAUGACGGAGAUGCUAUGAGCGGUGUCACGUUGAAGUCCAAAACGACGAACAAGACUGGAAAAUCUGGAAAGGGUGGCAAGGGCGGUCGUGACCAAUUCAUCCGCAAUCAAGAAGAUAGCGACGACGAACCACUCGACCUACUUGAUCCCAAGAGCAUGUCCGCUAUCUCUUCAUCCAGGCACUCCAACACCAAGCUUGCGAAAGACGGCCGAAAAACAAAAGCAAAGGUUAACGAAGACGGAAGACUUGUUUUCGGUACCCAAGACAACGAUUAUGAUGGCGAUAAUACAAUGGAUACUGCUCCUACAAACGGCCAGAAAGGUGGCAACGCAGUCGACGCAUAUCUCGAUGCCGUCUCCGGACCUCACGCUGUCCAGCGCGGCCAAAAAGGCAGAUUGAAAGUCAAAUCAGGCAUGCAAAAGACCUCACGGCAACAAAGCAAAACAGGUGGUGAUGACGAAGUCAUGCUAGAUGUCGAUGAGGCGAGAGAAGUUGCGCGUAAAAUCAUGGCUGGGAAGACGCCGCAGAGUCCGCGGUCGCCGAUAAUGAAAAGUCAGGGAAAAGGCGUUCAACGACGAGGGUUGGAUAAUGAGAAGGUCCAGUCUGGUAGAGCUGUGAACAAUGGUAGUGGUGGUGGUAUUGAUAAGCGAAGGACGAAACCUGGACCAGGAAAGCGUGGUGUUAAGUUUAGUAGUCAUCCGGCUCGGAGGGGGCAGGGCAAGAGGAGGUAG